AUGGACAUCGACCAACUCGAUCCUAUAGCCAUCUCUCUAAAUCAAACGAGAGAAACGUCACAGAAACUAGACGAAGAAUACGAAAUUUUAAAACUUAAGCAAAAGAAUAUCGAGUUGCAAGCGAAAAUUGACCGUAAUAACAAGUUUUUGGAUGGUUUGAGAAAAGAAUUGCAAGCGUCGAAAGAUUCGCUUGCGGAGCAGAAUCCCAAUCCUGAUAAUAUCCACGAUUAUAUAAGGCAAUUAAAGCAGAAGGUUGCGUCGUACGAAGAAAGUUGUGAGAAAGCGAAGGCCAAGUUCAUAAAACUCGCAGUACCUGACGCCAUAUUGCCAACGUCGCUGCAGGCGCUGGUUACGUCACUCGCGGCACUCCGCGAAGAAGCUGCUGCACUUCAACUGCAAGUUGAUGAUGUAGCACUAGCGAGGGAAGCACGAGAAACGUUUAUAAGGCUAAGGAAAUAA